GACCGGGCGGCGGCGGCGGCCGGGCGGCGGCGAUGCUGUGGACGCGGCUGGCGGCGGCUGAGUGGGCGGCGCUGGUCUGGGAGCUGCUGGGGGCGUCCGUGCUGCUGAUCGCGGUGCGCUGGCUGGUGCGGCGGCUGGAUAAGCGGCCGCAGGGCCUGGGCCGGAGCGGGCCUCCAGCCCCGCCGCCCGGCGCGGCCACGAGCUCGGCCCUAGACCCAGGUGAGAUGACAAUGGACGCUAUCUUGGCUCGAUUGAAACUCCUGAAUCCAGAUGACCUUAGAGAAGAAAUUGUGAAAGCUGGAUUGAAAUGUGGACCCAUUACAUCAACCACAAGGUUCAUUUUUGAGAAAAAAUUGGCUCAGGCUCUACUGGAGCAUGGAAGAACACUGCCUUCACAGCCUCCUGGCCACGACAUGUCAGGAGCCACAACCAUAAGCCAGGACGCACAGAGAAAUUGGAAUUCGGCUGUAGGGAGCCAACCUGAGCAGGUUGGCUUGUCUGAGGACAGAGAUUUUGGUUACAGCGUGGGCUUGAAUCCUCCAGAGGAAGAUGUCGUGAUGUCUAAGACCUGCUCUCUGUCCUUCAGUGCUGCCACUGGGGUCAGCGGUCACAAAGCCAUGGUGACGGCCUCUGCAGGGCCGCCUCUGUACUAUGGGGUAUGCCCGGCGUACGAGGACAUCCCUGCAAGAAAUGAAAGGAUUCAUGUUUAUGAAGAUAAAAAGGAAGCACUGCAAGCUGUCAGAAUGAUCAAAGGAUCUCGAUUUAAAGCUUUUUCAAGUAGAGAAGAUGCUGAGAAAUUUGCUAGAGGACUUUGUGAUUAUUUCCCUUCUCCCAGCAAAGCCUCUUCAGCACUUUCUCCUGUGAAAACAGCACCACUCAUGAGCAGUGGUGGGCUGAAAGAUGGUUUGUACCCACCUGAGUCUGAAACUGUAAACAAAGAGCGAGCCAACAGUUACAAAACCCCCCGUACUCAAGAUCUCACUGCCAAACUUCGAAAGGCUGUGGAGAAGGGAGAAGACGACACCUUUUCCGAUCUCACCUGGAGUAACCCCCGGUAUCUGAUUGGUUCGGGGGACAAUCCCACCAUUGUGCAGGAAGGAUGUCGGUACAAUGUUAUGCAUGUUGCUGCCAAAGAGAAUCAGGCUUCUAUCUGCCAGCUGACCCUAGAGACUCUGGAAAACCCCGAGUUUAUGCGACUCAUGUACCCGGAUGAUGACCAGAACAUGCUGCAGCAGCGCAUCUAUUACAUCGUCGACCUGUACCUAAACACGCCUGACAAAGUGGGCUAUGACACACCAUUGCAUUUUGCUUGUAAGUUUGGGAAUGCAGACGUGGUCAAUGUGCUUUCUUCACACCCUUUGAUUGUAAAAAACCCAAGGAAUAAAUAUGAUAAAACUCCUGAAGAUGUCAUUUGUGAAAGAAGCAAAAAUAAGUCUGUGGAGCUGAAGGAGCGGAUCAGAGAGUGCUUAAAGGGCCACUACUACGUGCCACUCCUGAGAGCUGAGGACACGUCGUCUCCGGUGAUCGGGGAGUUGUGGUCUUCAGACCAGAUGACCGAGACCUCUCACAUCAGCCAUGGUGGAGGCGGCCCCAGAGACCCUGUUCUGACCCUGCGAGCCUUUGCAGGGCCCCUCAGCCCAUCCAAGGCAGAAGACUUCCGCAGGCUCUGGAAGACCCCACCUCGAGAGAAAGCGGGCUUCUUUCACAGUGUCAGGAAGACGGACCCAGAAAGAGGCGUAGAGAGAGUGGGAAGGGAGCUGGCUCAUGAGCUGGGGUAUCCCUGGGUCGAGUACUGGGACUUUCUGGGCUGCUUUGUUGACUUGUCUUCCCAGGAGGGUCUGCAAAAACUAGAAGAAUAUCUCGCUCCCCGGGAAGUGCGCAACGACGCCCAAGAGUCGGGAGAAAAUGAAGCCAGCCGUCAGGACGCCUCUGUCUCUGGCCGCCGGAAGUGCAGCAAUUCCAUCUCCGUGAGGGCGUUUCUGGACGAAGAUGACGAAUUGAGCUUGGAGGAGAUUAAAAAUCGGCAGAACACAGCUCGGAACAACACCCGGCCCACACUUGGCACUUUUGGGGACUUGGAGUGUGACAUCCUUCCCUUGGAGCAGGAGACCGAACUCAUAGAAGCCUCCACCCUGACCAGUGCCCACAGCAGCAAGAAUGGAUUUUGUAGCCCCCUAAGCGGAGGCCAGACUCUGGGGAGGAGGCGGCCAGAAGCCCCGCGUGGGGAGGAAGCCCUUCUCUCACCGGUGCCGGGCCUGACUGUUGAGUUUGAUAAACUAAAUUUGCAAGAUCUAGGAAGUAACUUUUCUAAGACCCCAAAUAAAAAUAUGAAAACUGCAGACAGACGGAGCCCGACAACAAGAACGGAUGCAGUGGAGAGGGACUUGUUAGAGCCGUCUGCUGCCGAUGCUCUUACAAAUGAGCAAAUGAGGACAGAAAAUGAAAUAUCCGCCAGAAUUGCUAAGAUACUCCUGGGUCCCGACGCUCCUGGGCACGAGGCACAGCAGAGCUACAGUUCCCCAUCCCCAGAGCCCUCAGGGGUCCCAGCUAGGAAGGAACCCAUCCAGAGGCUCUUCCUUUUUGGAGAGGAGCCGUCCAAACUGGAUCGGGAUGUGUUGGCCGCUCUGGAGGGUACGGAUGUGGACCCACAGCGGUACCCGGCUGUCCACAGGUGGAAGAGCGCCGUCCUAUGCUUCUCCCCCUCAGACAGACAGAGUUGGCCGAGCCCCGCGCUGAAAGGGAGGCUGGAGUGUCGGCAGCCGGAUCUUGGCGGCCCCCACAGCUGCAGCCCAGGGAGAAGCCCCGGGAAGCCCGGCCCCACACCCCACUCCCCGGGCCUGGGCAGCCCUGGGCGCUAUAGCCCCGCAGGCGGGGGCCGCCUCCGCAGGAUGGCGCGCCUGGCCCAGCUCACGGCCUUGUAGGGCUGGUGCCAGCUGCUGGGCGUCUUUUAUUCUGUGUUUGUAAAGACAGAAGGGUAACGUGUUUAUUGCUAAAAUUCUACCAAAAAGAAUAUAUUCUGAUUAAUUUAUUCUCAUUUUGAGAGUUAAAAGAAUUUUAGAAAAUGCACAUUUUUUUGUAUAAAAUUUCCUUCUCUGGUGUUUUGGGAGAACUUGAUGAAAGCAAACUCGGAUACAGAUUUUCUGAGAAUUGUCACUUGUACCGACGCAGACUCGAGCUCACCGUCCCAGGAGGACGGCAGGUUGUGGGUGCCAGAGUUGGGCGGCCAGAUCGGCGGUGGCGCCCCUCGAAUAGCUUCAUUCGCUUCAGUUCCGUUCUUAGAACAGAUGAAUUUUGUGUCGUCUUCUUUUUC